AUGCACCCCGGCGUCCGGGGGUGCCCUCUCUUCCCUCAGCCUUCCUCCUCCGCCUUCCUUUGGGCCGACCUCUCCGCGGGCGGCCGCGCGCACAGAGGAACGCCUGCCGGGACGCUUAGGCGGGCCGCGGAAUCCGGACGACUUCGGCGUCUGACAUGCAAACUGGCGGCCGAGCUGGCUGCACCAGGACGCACAGACUGCCAGAGUGACCACUAUUUAGAGCAAAGGAUUAGUAACAGAUUUUGUGUGAAAUUGAACAAAUCUGUGAGUGAGAAAAACCACCUUUUAUAAGAAGCCUGUGGAGAUGAAGUUAUGACAUGGGCCCGAGUUUUUGAUUGGCAUUUAAAGAAGGGCAAGAAGAUGUUCGAGUUUGAAGUACGCACUGGUGGUCCAGUCACCCACAGGACCGAUUAAAAACGGAAGGUCAAAAACUUGGUUUGUUUAGACAGGCAGUUAAUGAUGAGGAUGAUGGCUGAAGAAUUAAAUUUAGAUAUUGUUGGACUCAUCCUGAAAGAAAACUUGAACAUGAACGUUUCUUACAAAGUUAUGGCAGGUAUUUUGAAGGAUGAGCCUACAUCUGUCUGCAUGGUCGAUAAAUUUUCAACGAGCAGUGAUUCUGUUCCUCAUCUUUCAUUGCUUUAUGAGACUUCAGGGAAUGAAAGCAUAACAUCCUGCUUUCCCAUAAGUUCUCUGGCCACUACCCUGGCACCAAUUAAAGACAUGUCUAUGCAAUUAAUCAAAACCAAUUUGGAAGCGCUCUGGUGCUGCUCCUCUGAUGUGCUGCCGGCUCCAGAUACAGUAGUUCCUCAGCUGCAGGGAUGGAGUUAG